AUGUUCGCCACCGGCCAUUCAUCGGCAGCCCGUGCCAAGGGCCGACAGCACUGCCGGCGUGGCUGGGUACCGUGCUUCAGUUCGCACCAGUGCGUCAAACGCUCCGCUUGGUGUAACUCCCGGACGGAUUGUCUCGAUGGCAGUGACGAAAGUUCCUGUUCCUGCGUAUCGCGACUACCGCGCCAUAAACUGUGCGAUGGUUAUGCCGACUGUCCGCUCGGUAUGGACGAGAUGGGUUGCUUCGGGUGUGCCAAGUUUGCGUUUUCCUGCUACCACACGGCCGACGAGUUCCGGACGCACCGAUCCGGUGAUACACCCGGUUGCUACUCGGUAGCGGAGCGUUGCGAUGGUUUCGAUCAUUGUCUCAACCGUAAGGAUGAACAGGAUUGUUCGAUGUUGGUGCAAGGGCUCGGCCAUUAUCUGGCGUACGCCGUGCCGCACACUUCCGGUGUGCUGCAUCGGAACUACAAGGGUAAAUGGUACCCGGUCUGUAGUAAUGCACGCCCGUGGGCACGUGAAGCAUGCGAAGCGGAGCUCGGGCCACUAGAUCAGGAACCGUUGCUAAGCCACGGGCAUGGCAGUCUACCAGGACCGUACAUUAGCCAGCGAACAUCGACGUCGGAGCCCGAUUUUACCGAAUCCUGUAAUGGGGUGUACGUGAAGGUGAAGUGUCCACCGGUACGGUGCGGUACGAGUAAGCUGCAGGAACAGCACGCUGCUAGGAUCAGUGUACGAACGAGGCGCAAUGUGACGACGGGCGGCGAUGCCGACGAGUUGGUCGAGAGUGUCCGGAUUGUUGGUGGUGGUGAUGCGGAACCGGGUGCUUAUCCCUUCAUCGUGGGUAUCUUCCGUGAUGGCAAGUACCAUUGUGGGGCCAGCAUCUACAAUGAACAUUGGAUCAUCUCGGCCGCUCACUGUUGUGAUAACUUCCAGCAUCAUUACUACGAGGUACGAUCGGGAAUGCUUCGGAAGCGCAGCUACUCCCCGCAGGUGCAGGUGACGCACGUGACACACAUGAUCGUACAUCACGCCUACAGCUCGAAGCUAAUGGCGAACGAUAUUGCGCUGAUGCGCGUGGAGCACCCGUUCCGGUACAACCGUUGGGUACGGCCGAUCUGUCUACCGGCCAAACAUCGGACGACCGGUGAUCGCGAUUGGUUGUGGGGCCCGAAACCGGGUACCGUGUGUACGGCGGUCGGUUGGGGUGCAUUACGCGAGGGUGGUGGUGCACCGGAUCAUCUAAAGCACGUCUCGGUACCGGUGCUGGCCGUCUGUAAGCAUCGGGCCGAUCGAGAUAGUUUGCAAAUUUGCGCGGCAGAGGAGGAAGGGGGCCAAGAUGCCUGUCAGGGCGAUUCGGGUGGACCGUUCGUGUGCCAGAGCCGGGCGAAUCCGUACGAAUGGUACCUGGCCGGUGUCGUAAGCCAUGGGGAGGGCUGUGCUCGACCGAAUGAACCCGGUGUUUACACGCGUGUUGCACUGUUCAUCGAGUGGAUCGAGCAGAAGGUUAAUGGACCGCUACCGAUACGCCAGACGUUGGCCGAUUGCCCUGGGUCGCGGUGUAUUUGGGGUGGUGGUGUCUGUCUGCCGGCGGGCAAAAAGUGUAACGGAUUCGUGAACUGCCUCGGGGGUGAGGAUGAGUCAGAGUGUGGGAUGGAUCGGUUGCUACGCUCGAUGACGAGAAAGGAUAACGAAGAGGAGGAACCGGAGGAACCGGAAGAGGAGGAGAAUGAUGAGGUGGCAAUCACCACCGAGCAGGAACUGGGGACGACCAGCGAGAGUCAACCACUGAGGGCUACCACUUCCCAGCACCAGCAGCAGCAGCAGCAACAGGAGGACGUUACAACGGAAGAGUCUCAUGGUGACGGACAGGAGAGUAUGCUCGUAACGCAGACGGUACAGAUGGAUCCUACCGGGGUCACAAUACAGGAAAGCACUACGACCGUCACCAGCAGCAGCAGUACUCCCGGAGAAACGACAUCCGGAGUAGUUCCUUCCAGUUCAACCACAACAUCAUCCCUAAAAGUGGCACCGGAGUCUACGACACCGGCAGCGGUCACCUUUACGACGGUUGCGUUCGAAAUUCUCGCCCCCAGUGGACCACCGACAACGGAAGUCAUCUGGAAAGCGGUCGAGAAGACGAUCAAGGAAGUGCAGGGAUUGGCAAGAGUAAGCGGCAAUGAAUCUCAGACCACCGCUGAACCCGAAACCGAUCAUCCAUUCUUCGAGGAACUGGAAGUAAUGGAACAGGAGAAACACAAACGGUUGGCCCAGUUCCGGUUGACCGUCCACAAUGUGCACACCAAGACAGCCGUCACGUCUACCGUAUCCCCGCUGCAUUCUAAUGACUCCACGCAAACGCAACAACAGUAUCGACAGUUUUCGUGCACCAAUAUUACCCAACGGAUCAACAUUGCGCACCGGUGUGACCGGAUCGUCGACUGUGAGGAUGGUAGCGAUGAGCUGAACUGUACCUGCCGGGACUAUCUGAAGGAUAAGUUCGAUUUUCUGAUCUGCGACGGCAAGACGGACUGUCUGGAUCAUACGGACGAGCGGAAUUGCCUGACGUGCCAGGCGAGUGAGUACGCGUGCCGGAUGAGCCAGAUAUGCAUACCGAAGGCACAUCAGUGCAAUGGUAUCGCCGACUGUCCGCUACACGAGGAUGAACUGGAUUGCUUGGCCUUAACCGAUGGUCAGCGUGUGUACUUCGACGCCAACAACCUAACACUUUUCCGCAAUACCGGUCUCGUUACGAAGAACUCAAACGGUACCUGGGAGUUACUUUGCGGUACGAAGCUCACCGAUAAGACGCAACACGCGGUCGAAAAGAUCUGCGCGUUUCUCGGUUUCGCCGGAUACCGUAACUACUCCGUGGUGACGCUCACUGGUACCGAUAGUUUGCACGGGCUUACACUGGAUCAGCACGAGCAGCUGCUGGUUGGUAGCGAUACGACGCACUAUCUGAACCUAACUCUCGUCGAGGGCUGCGAAGCGCUGCGAGUGACCUGUGCCCAGCACAUUAACGCCAGCGAACAUGAGAUUGCGCACUUUGAGCAUCAGCACAGCGAACAACCGGUUCAGGUGAACAUUCGGCCACUGAAUCCGAUCCACAAACCGCACCAUAUGCCCCAGAUCGUGUUCCAGGAGAAUGCGCACGUCGAGUUGAUCGAGAGCUUCGGUGAUGAUUACGAUUGGCCGUGGAACGUGGACAUAUAUCUCGAUGGUGUGCUGAUCUGCAGUGGAUUGAUUAUCGAUGCGAGCUGGAUCGUGGUGGCCAGUAGCUGUACGCGGCUCGUUAACAUGCGCCAUCAGUACGUCGCGGUGGUGGCCGGUGGUGCUAAAUCGUAUCUUCACAUUGCCGGUCCGUAUGAGCAGGUGGUGCGAGUUGAUUGCUAUCACUUCAUACCGGAAGCCGAAACGGUGAUGCUCCAUCUGUCGCAGAAGUUCAACUUUAGCCGGCACGUUCUACCGACCUUCAUACCGGACAAUGACAACCUGACGGAUAGCGAAUGUCUUGCGGUUGGUAAGGACAAGUAUGGCCGGACGAAGACACUGCGAGUGCAUCUGAAUGAGACGAACUGUGUCGGCGAGCGGAUCCGGUGCUACAACAAGGAUCUCAAGCAGCCAUACUUCCAUCAUGAGUACUGUUAUACUCAAGAGGCAACACGCUCUGGUGUGAUCGUCUGCAAGACGAAACGCUCCGGUUGGUAUCCGGUCGGGUUCUACCAGAACAAGCGUGGUCUCUGUGGAUUCAACGAGGUAGUGCGUGUGACCAGCCUGAUCGAAUCGUACCACCGCAUACAGCAUGUCCUUCAGAACGAAAAAUGCGUCGGAGAACUAUAUUACGGAGAGCCGCGUUGUGACGGAAUGCGCUGCCGGUAUGGCAAGUGUAUCGGCGAGUCACUGAUCUGCGACCGUAAGCUCGACUGUAGUGAGGGUUCGGACGAGAAACCGGAACUGUGCGCUUCAAGAAACUCAACUGGACGCUGUCUACCACAUGAACUGCGCUGUUCGAAUGGGAAGUGCGUCGAUAAAAGCCGGUUCUGUGAUCGCUUCAAUGAUUGUGGUGAUGCGACCGAUGAACCACACGAUUGCUCCUGCUAUACCUAUUUGAAGAUAACCGAUCCAGCAAGGAUCUGCGACGGUGUCCGGAAUUGUUGGGACAAAUCAGAUGAGAAUCCACGGGUAUGCCGGUGCCAUGCAUCGAACUUCCGGUGCGGUGAGUCGAACAUCUGCGUCCCGUACGAUUUCGUGUGCGACAAGGAACGAGACUGUCCGGAUGGGGAAGAUGAGCAGUAUUGCUAUGCCCUACAGCAGAACUCGUAUGAAGCUGGCUACGGUGAGCUGAUGGAGCAAAGCUACGGUAUCUGGCACUCGAAGUGCUUUCCCAAGACGGCCCAGUUCGGGGACGAGUAUAUGCGUAACAUCUGCGAACAGCUCGGUUACUCCCAGGUGCGUAAGAUCUAUGGACGUGCGAUCGUCGAGGGUGCACGGUUGCGUACGGCCAACGAGACGGAAAGUCCGGUGGAUAAAUUGCGCCGUACGGCCACCAAGACGAUCGUGCACAACAAGUUCUCCAAGGUGGUGAUCAACGAUCAGCACACGUUCUACAUGAAACCGAGCCGACCCAUGUUCCGGGUGAUCAAUUGGAACUACCACGACGAGCAGAACUGUCACCGGUUGGAGCUGCUGUGUGCUGCGUAA